UCAUCUGCUCUCUGCCUCUUUAAUUCGAAUACGUUCACAACCCCUAAUUGUUAUGGCUUGGACUUUGGACUCGUCCUUCUAUUUACACAAAACGUCAGUUAAAAGCACUUUGGAUGACACUUCUGACCAAUCAUAGAGCACAACAAUAAUUGUUUACAAAUUGUUAACGCGCCCGUGUUAGUCCGUGGCAAUGAUUGUCACUUUUGACAUGUUACGCCCCCCUUUCUGGCGAACUUCCAGCUUAUCCUGUGUAGUCUCUUAAUAUAAAUAAAAAAAUCCUCGAAUCAUGUUCGAGUGAAGUGUCUUUGAUUUGCAUAUCAUUUGUACUCGCCCAACUAUAUCGAGCCAUAUAAAACUGCCAAUAACAUGGCCAACCUGGCAUAGUCGACUCGCAGUAGCUGCCUUGUCCAUGUCCCUUGUAACGCUAUAUAAUGCCUGCCAAGUGUGCGGCGAUCAGAGCUCUGGCAAGCAUUAUGGAGUCUCGUGCUGCGACGGCUGUUCCUGCUUCUUCAAGCGCAGCGUAAGGAAAGGCAGUCACUAUGCCUGCAUUGCCGUUAAGGGCAACUGUGUAGUGGACAAGGCGCGUCGUAACUGGUGUCCCUCGUGCCGCUUUCAGCGCUGCCUUGCCGUGGGCAUGAAUAUUGCGGCCGUGCAGGAGGAGCGUGGUCCACGAAGUCAACAGGCGCAGAGCAGUCAACGUCUAUUGGCUCAGACGCCUCCAUCGCCGCCGUCGCCACCUGCUCCGACGGUGCACUUUCAGAUUCUCGCCCAGAUACUGGUCACAUGUCUACGCCAAGCAAAGCUCAACGAACAGUUUCGCCUGGUGGCACGCGCCCAGCAGGAUGCUAUUCUGCAGGUGGUCUGGAGCGAGUGCUUCAUAUUGCGUGCCUCGCACUGGUCUUUGGAUAUCAGUGCCAUGAUCGAGAGCUGUGGUGAUAUGCAGCUUAAGCUUAUGCUAUCGGAGGCCCAACAAUUGCGAGCCGAUCUCAUGGAACUUAACUUUCUGGAAACUUUAAUUUUGUGCCGUAAAGAAUUGGCUUUAAAUGCCGACUAUGCGCUGAUCUUAGAGACAUACUCGAAUGGUGCACUUUGCUCCUUGGCUCGCUACACUCUACAUAGAUCCCACUGGCUGCGCUUUGGUCAGCUACUGCUUGGAUUACGUCAACUAAGUCUGCAGCGAUACGACUGUGCCCUCUCUUGUAUGUUCCGUAACGUUGUUCGGGAUAUAUUGAAAACACUUUAA